AUGAGUCUGUCCUGCUGUCAUGUUUAGGUCGUCACUAAAUGAACAAAAAUAAGGUGUUCGCACGCCAGCAGCUAGAAAGAGAGGCUCGUUGCACCAACACACACUCACAGUGGGUGUGCGUAACUCACAGUGGUACGCGUGUGAGGUGGGCUGGCGCAAUGGACUCCUAUCUCUACCCGUAGUCAGUUUUACAUUCAUCAGUGAACACAGACAAAUCAUUGGAUACCAUAUGUACGAAGUGUAGCGGCUAUACGGACCAGAUAUACUACUGAAUCGUCUACAUUGUCUACAAGGCAACACGCAAAUUCGUGGGUAAGCAAAACCGUCAACACUUGUACCAUAAUUAUCCUAUCUACACCGGUGGUAGAGGACGAGGCUAUGGACGUGUGCCCACCGGCCGAGCGAGAACACAACUGAAUAUCAAGAAGAAGCCAAGUGACUGCCAACCGGUGUUUGGACUGGUGGAAUGAUGUUGCUGCACUCCCGAAGGCUGCCGACAGCCUGUGGCAAGAAACUGGCGUGGCUCCAAGCGCCCACCCAACACUCUGUAAAACGCUUCCGGCAUCGGCAAGAUAGCGGGCUAGAAGCAUUGUGCUGCUGGGACAAUGUCUCUCUGGACCUUAUAGUCCCGUCCGUCAUGAACCCUGAGGGCCGUCUUCAUCACCAACCAAUUCCCUACGUCAUGGACCCUGAGGGCCGCCUUCACCAGCAAUCAUCACCCUCCCUCAUAGACCCUGAGGGCCGUCUUCACCAGCAACCAUCACCCUCCCUCAUGGACCCUGAGGGCCGCCUUCACCAGCGACCAUCACCCUCCCUCAUAGACCCUGAGGGCCGUCUUCACCAGCAACCAUCACCCUCCCUCAUUGACCCUGAGGGCCGCCUUCACCAGCGACCAUCACCCUCCCUCAUGGACCCUGAAGGCCGCCUUCACCAGCAACCAUCACCCUCCCUCAUGGACCCUGAGGGCCGCCUUCACCAGCAACCAUCACCCUCCCUCAUGGACCCUGAGGGCCGCCUUCACCAGCAACCAUCACCCUCCCUCAUGGACCCUGAGGGCCGCCUUCACCAGCAACCAUCACCCUCCCUCAUUGACCCUGAGGGCCGCCUUCACCAGCGACCAUCACCCUCCCUCAUGGACCCUGAGGGCCGCCUUCACCAGCGACCAUCACCCUCCCUCAUGGACCCUGAGGGCCGCCUUCACCAGCGACCAUCACCCUCCCUCAUGGACCCUGAGGGCCGCCUUCACCAGCAACCAUCACCCUCCCUCAUGGACCCUGAGGGCCGCCUUCACCAGCAGCCAUCACCCUCCCUCAUGGACCCUGAGGGCCGCCUUCACCAGCAACCAUCACCCUCCCUCAUGGACCCUGAGGGCCGCCUUCACCAGCAACCAUCACCCUCCCUCAUGGACCCUGAGGGCCGCCUUCACCAGCAACCAUCACCCUCCCUUAUGGACCCUGAGGGCCGUCUUCACCAGCAACCAUCACCCUCCCUCAUGGACCCUGAGGGCCGCCUUCACCAGCAACCAUCACCCUCCCUCAUGGACCCUGAGGGCCGCCUUCACCAGCAACCAUCACCCUCCCUCAUGGACUCGUACGACGCACCAUACGAGUGGAAUUUCAGGGAUCCAGACCCCAGGAGACGCCCCCUGGACGCCGAAGCUUCGAGCGUGCUACGCUCUAAGCCAACAGCCUCCAACAAGAUAUUCCCUAUACUCUGCAAGUCAGUGCCGUCCUCUCUACCUCAGACGCUGGAGACCUUUGACAACAGUGAGGUGAAGCUGACAACCGGUACACACAACCAAAAACCCCAAAAGCGAAAACCUGGCAGGCCGCCUAAACCAAAAGGGGACAAGCAGCACCUGAUGUCUAAGAAGAUACCUAAGAUCUGGGAGUUCAUCUCCAGCCUCCUGCACGACCCUACCACAUGCCCGUCCGUCGUGGAAUGGCAAGACAAAGAAAACGGGAUCUUCCGCUUUGUUGAUCCGCAGAAGGCGGGCAAACUGUGGGGGGCGGUGAAAAACAACCCUUAUAUGAAUUAUGAGAAGAUGAGCCGGGCUAUGAGAUACCACUACACGACCGAGGCGCUGGAAAUGGUUAAAUCAAAACGCCUUGUUUACAAGUUUGGUAUAAAAGCACGAGUGUAGAAAUCACACUUACUGCAACCUAAUAUAUAUAUGUUCCACAAAAUCAACAAUAACACACACCUAAAAGCAACAGCUGUGAAAGCAUUGAACCUCUCCCUAAAAGAUGACCAAUGGGACCAAGCAACCAAUGGGACCAAGCAACCAAUGGGACCAAUGCGACCAAGCAACCAAUGGGACCAAGCAACCAAUGGGACCAAGCAACCAAUGGGACCAAUGCGACCAAGCAACCAAUGUGACCAAGCAACGCUCCCAGUUAGACUCUGGGGUAUAGAUACACGCAAGGCGACACAGAUAGCAUUGCCUGUGUUCUUAUCUUCAAUCAGUGCUACGAGUGAAUUAGGGAAAGAAAUAUUGCCAGAGGACCUAAUUAAGAGACUUAAAUCCCAAAAGAUUGGGAUUUAAGAUCCCAAAUUCGCUAAAGGAAUCAGCCAGGUUGACACUCUUGCAGGCUCUUCACCGUGUCCAACUUUUUCGAAUGACUGCAAACAGGCCAAAUAGGAUAGUCGGGGUCGAUCUCGAUUCGCAAUCGUGAUAUCCAGGUACGAAUCCCGGGCGGGACAGAAGGGGUUGGAGGCGUUUCCUAUCACCAAAUGUCUCUGUUCACCUAGCAGUAAAUAGGUAACCGGGACUUAGACAGCUUGUUGCAUGGUUGCAUCCUGGGAGGAGUUAGUAGCUCGACCUUUGGGGGACCUCGAUAUAAACCUAACAUGUAUACACAAGCACCUAGGUAACUAGGUGAGUACAGGCUGCCUGUCUCCUGACAUAAUAAAUAGUUAUCAUUAACCCCAUUGCCUCAGCAAUGCUAGAGACAGCUACUGAGAAGGACAAAGCACGCCUCCUCAUUGUGCAAGCUCCCCAUGCUGGGGACUUCUUCUUGGCUAUCUUUAAUUCUGCUUUGGGCACCCUACAGUAAGUAUUGGUGUUGCCUUGCGCCUUGUCAACCCUGUCUCCACCGAACACCGGUGUAUCUGCGGCUAUGCGUCGGCAAACCAAUACGGCAGUCAUGGUCUCAUCUGUCGUAAGUCACAGGAAAAGAUUGCCAGACAUGAAGCAGUCAAUGACAUCAUCAAGAGAAGUUUGGCUACAGCUGGGUGUCCAGCACAAAGGGAACCUCAGUUGUGCAGACCUGACAACAUCCAAAAAUGCCCAGAUGGAGUCACCCUUUCAGCCAUGGAGGGAAGGUAGACAGGUCGUGUCGGACUACACGUGUGUGUCUACAUUGGUUGAUACCUAUCUACCUCAGUACUGCUGAGAGAGGCGGGGUGGCCACCUUCAGGAAGACCCAGAAAACUAAUAAGUACAGGGACCUAGAACGUUGUUACAGGUUGAUCCCAAUAGGCUCUGAGACCCUGGGGGUCUGAGGUAAAUGUGCACUUAAGUUCCUAAAGGAGGUGGGUGAAACUAGACACCCAAGAAUGGUUAGUUUCCUGCCCAGCGCCUCAGUGUUGCUGUCCAGAGAGGAAGUGCUUGCUGAAUCUUGACCACAUGCCCGCCUCUGCAGAGCUGGAUUAGGACUUCGAAAAAUGAUUGUUAUAUAUGUGUGUUUUCUGUAAACUGUAACACAAUGUAAUAAAAUAAAUAAAAUAAAUCA